UCUCCCAUAUAUAUAAACGUGAAAAGUCUCCUCUCUGAGAUUUCACAAUUCAAAUUCUCCUCACGCAAACAACACACUCUCCUUUCCUCUCAGCAAAAUUUCAAAUAUCUCUUGAAACUUUCGAAAAUGCUUGCAUUCAAACCUGAAGAGCAGUUACAGCUCAUUGAACGUGAAGAGAUCGAAGAUGAAGAUGACUUAUUCGAGGCUAUUGAUAAACUGAUCUCUCAUGGAAUCAAUGCUGGGGACGUGAAGAAGCUGCAAGAUGCAGGGAUCUACACCUGCAAUGGCUUGAUGAUGCACACGAAGAAGAACUUGACUGGGAUCAAAGGGCUAUCCGAAGCAAAAGUUGACAAGAUCUGUGAAGCAGCUGAGAAGAUAGUGAAUUUUGGCUAUAUUACUGGAAGUGAUGCUCUGCUCAAAAGGAAGCAGGUAGUUCGUAUCACAACUGGAAGCCAGGCACUGGAUGAACUUUUGGGAGGAGGGAUCGAAACUUCAGCAAUCACUGAAGCUUUUGGUGAAUUCAGAUCUGGAAAGACACAACUUGCUCAUACUCUCUGUGUCUCUACUCAGCUUCCUACUAGCAUGAAAGGAGGGAAUGGAAAGGUGGCUUACAUUGAUACUGAGGGAACAUUUCGGCCAGAUCGUCUUGUGCCCAUUGCUGAAAGAUUUGGAAUGGACGCAGGAGCUGUUCUUGACAAUAUCAUUUAUGCUCGUGCAUACACAUACGAACAUCAGUACAACCUGCUUCUUGGUCUGGCAGCAAAAAUGGCUGAAGAGCCUUUCAGACUUCUGAUUGUUGACUCUGUGAUUGCUUUAUUUCGAGUGGAUUUCACUGGAAGAGGAGAACUUGCAGAACGUCAGCAAAAGUUGGCUCAGAUGCUGUCCCGAUUGAUAAAGAUAGCUGAGGAAUUUAAUGUUGCUGUUUACAUGACUAAUCAAGUUAUAGCUGAUCCAGGUGGAGGGGUGUUCAUAUCAGAUCCAAAGAAGCCAGCAGGAGGUCAUGUCCUUGCUCACGCAGCAACCAUAAGACUAAUGUUCAGGAAGGGCAAAGGAGAACAGCGUGUCUGCAAGGUGUUUGAUGCACCAAAUCUUCCAGAGGCCGAAGCAAUUUUUCAGAUAACACCAGGAGGAAUUGCAGAUGCUAAGGACUGAAGAUCAGCUGGGACUUCCUCUCUGCUGCAGCAGAGAUCUGCUUAUGCUUACAUUCCGCUUUCGUAUUUUGAUGCUUACUUUUUAGUGUUAGCUAUAAGCAUAUCAGUUUAGCAUAAAAAGAUGUUUGUAAACCACUGUUUUGUCACACUUAUCGUGGUUGCACGUGGUGUUAUCACGAAUAUAGAUUAGUUUCUUGCUCUUAGUCUAGUUAUCUUGUAUUAUCAUAGACGGUUUACAAAAUGCAAUAGCAAUAAUAUUGGCAGUUUCGAUUAGCAUGCAAUUUUAGUCCUAAUACUUCAUCCGAUCAUCUAUGUUCACAAAUCCUCGACUGUCCUCUUAUAUCUAACAACCUACAUUUUUGACAAGGCCAGUUGCAUAUAGUGUGUUAUGUGCUUAGUUUUGCUUUGCACCGAUGAAAAUGCUGCAGAGGGCAUACCAUCUUUUAAGCAACGACUGUUUCUUAGGCCUUAGCCCAACUUUUGGGUAUACUACAAACAUUCUCAAUGCACAAGGGAACAGACCUGACUGCUGAUGUUUCUUAUUAGCAAG